AUGGCUCUCGGCCUGGGCGGGAUGUACCGCACCCUCUACGCCCUCGGCCUGCUGACCGUCAUCCUCCUCUGGACUUUCUGGCGCGCGGGCGUGGAGAGCACCACGAGCCUGAGUCCGCAGGGAUGCGGCAUGAGCUAUAUGUCGCCGAAUUAUCUUCCUCAAUCUGCUUUCGACAUUUCCUGGACGCCGCUCGCGAGGAGAUAUUCUCUCGUAUUAUAUCGGGAGGCUGGAUGGCAGGACGAUACACUCAAAGGGCUGCCAGUGCUGUUCAUACCCGGCAACGCGGGUAGCGCGCACCAGAUCCGUUCGGUCGCUUCUUCUGCUGCGCGCACCUACUACGAGAAGCCUGGGACAAUCGCCAAAGGCAUGGCGAAUAUUCGACCACUCGACUUCUUCGCGCUCGAACAUAACGAGGACUUGAGUGCGCUGCACGGCCCUACGCUCGAGGCCGAGGCGGCCUACGCCAACCGCGCAUUGGACUACAUCGCUUCAUUAUACCCGAAGGAUACACCUAUAAUUCUCAUGGGACACAGUAUGGGAGGCGUCGUCGCCGCUUCUCUCCUGGCGCCCAAUACCACCAACGCCACCAUCUCAGCUCUAGUCACUCUAUCGGCACCUCACACACUCCCACCUGCACGUCUUGACAGGCGCAUCACGAAGUUCUACGCCACCGCACGCGAUGGGCUCGAACAUAGCCCUGUGCCGAUUGUUAGCAUCUGCGGCGGUGCUACGGAUGGCAUGGUCCAUAGCGAAGCAUGCGUGCUGCCCGCGCCUGCCUCGGACAACGUCGACGCGUACCGGCAUACGGUAUUUGCAUCUGCACUCGAGGGAGCAUGGACGGGCAUGGGCCACCAAGUCAGCGUCUGGUGCGACCAAGUCCGCCGACUGGUCGCCCGCGCGCUCCUCAAUACAGCCCCACUGGCCACAUCCGCCGACCGUGCCGUCGCACUGUCGCACGCAUUACCAGACGGCUUCACGCGUGCCGCCGCGACGUACAAGGCCGGCAAGGCGUUGAACUUCCAACGGAACAAGAAGAGCAAGGACUUCUACCCUCCGACUCUCCAACUCGCACUAGGCAGUUUCGCCUGGAAUGGCAUCUUCAUGAUGCCCGCGCCCUUCCAACCUGGAAGUCUCUUCACCAUGUACAUCGGUGGCGGCAAUGCGCAAGGUGUUGGUCCGGAGGAGAAGAACACCAAGUUGACCGGCUCAGUGCAUGCGUGCAGACAAGUCAGCGGUGAUAAGCCUCAGGGACACGAGUGCUGGCCUGUCGCUGCGAAGCGGAUACGUCGUAUCCCGUAUGUUCAUGCGAACGUCAGCUUCCCGAGGUUGGAGGGCCAGGCGGCAUUUGAAGAGGACGCAGAGGAGGAAGGGAAGGAAGAGAAGAAGUCCGAAGGGAGGAAGGGCGAGGCCGGUGUCAGAUACGGAAAGGAGGGAUGGAAGGACGAGAUCACAGUCUGGGAGGCAGACGUGCCAAUGCCGGAGGAUGAUGCGCCGUUGUGGAUUGCUGUCGAGACCGAUGGAUCGGACGGGAAAGGAUGGCUCGUUGCUGGUAGCUCUGAGGCGUACGACGCACAUAUCAGUUAUAGUUACGGCGUACACGAUCUCCUUCACAGCCCAGCGCUUAUUCGGCUCGACCCGGCGUCAAUGCGUACCGAAGUGACACUCCCACGCCUGACACCUUCCUCGCUCCUGGUCUACCGGGCUACUCCCCUCUGGGACAACUACACCCUCUGCGCCACCGCACGCAUCCCGCCAACCCUCGAAUACACUUCACCCUCCGCGUCCGAAGCGCACUGGUACCCCCUCAUCCACGCGGACCCCCACUCGCCCGCAUAUCGCCCGAUCCUCUUACACUCCCACGCGGGCGCUCCGUUCUUUGACCUCCCUGCUGCGCCUGUCAAGAACAACGAGAGCGCGUUUGAAGGAACACAAUUCACGAUUUACUCGACUGGUUCGCACGCAGAGGGCAAAUGCCAGCUGAAGGGUCUUUCACUCUCACUCGACUGGCGCGCUUCUGCUGGGCGCGCAGCGACGCGGUAUUGGCCCGCCUUGCCGGCAUGGACGCUCGGCGUCGCGCUCUGGUUGUUUGGCAUGCACUGGUCAGCAUCGUCCUCAUCCGCGCUCGCUUCGACGCUUCCGGGUGCACCGCUCCCAGCUCCGAAACAGACGUUACACCGCUUUGUCACCCGGCAUCUCCCCAUAUUGAUGUUCGUGAGCUACAUUGCCGCCCACUUCGCCCUUGCGCCGGAGUAUCUCCUCGGGAACUCGGGACGGAGUGCACUCGCACCUCUGGCGCCGCUGAUGCUGUUCCUCGCAACGGGCGCAGUAACGGUCGUGUAUGCGUUGUUGGAGGUCAAACUGUAUCUGCCUACGCUGUUCUAUCGCGCGAAGUUGCGCACGUCGGGCGCGGACGGAGAGAAGGAGAGGGAUGAGGAAGAUGGUGUAGACAUCCGCAAACGAGGCGCGGCGAUCGUCGCUAUCAUCGUCGCAGUGGGCACCAUCGUACCCUGGCAAGCUGCCCUGACCGGUGCAUGGCUCUGGCAUCUACACACGACCGCCCUAGCCGCUGCCCAUCUCGCCGCGCGCGGCGGCGCAGACACUACCCCACCCGAAUACGAGCGUCUAUCACUGACCGAGCGCGACGAUGACAUCCCUCUCGACCAUCCUCCACACGCGCCCAUCUCCUCCGCACGACAAACCCGAAACGCAUUGGCCGAGCAUAAGCACCUGUUGUUGCUGAUCACGCUCAUGUUUCCCUUCGCCGGACCGGGCCUCGCGGUGUGGGCGAGGAUAGGUGUGAAGGGUAUGACGGCGGGUGCUGGAGAUGCAUUCAGAGGCGAUCACGCGGUUUGGGGCGUGUUGCCUUUUGUUGUGGCUGUCGAGUGGGCAGGAAGGAGAAGGAGAGGUGGUGUAUUUGAGGCUACAAGGAUACGCAUCCCUGGCCCAGUGCCGCUCUCUUCAGCACACGCAUUUAGCGUUGCGGCGCUCGUGGCAUGCGCGCGCGGCGCGUAUGCGGGGUAUGCGGCGCCGGAGGCCGCCGCGGGCGCGCUUGCGGUGGGCUUGGCGGGUCGCGUCGGUGCGCGGUGGUGGAGGAAUACGAGGGCAAGGAGGGUAGGGCUUGGUGAGAAGCCUGUAUAA